UCUAACUUCUUGCCUCUGCCCUUGCAGCACUUCGAGGCCGUGGACAAGACGGUUAUCGAAGGCCAUGUCAUCCCCAACCACGUGCUUUUCACCGCGCCCACUCCCAACGAGAAACCGUAUGCCACCGUGGCCUUCAACAACGAGAACAUGCAGGUCACCAUCGCCUUUAACACCGACCACAAGAAACGAAAGACCAUUGUCAAGAGUAACACCGUAAUAGGCGACGAGAAGCACGCCUCGGGCGUGGUGAUGGCCGAGGUGGUCAAGGCCAACAUCCCUGUGCGGAACGGCGUGGUGCACCUGAUCGACCGGCCCCUCAUGGUCAUCGACUCCACCGUGCAGGAGUUUGUGGAGUCUUUCAAGUCUUCUCCAUCGCUCUCUUCUCUACAGGAUCGAGAGGAUGGGCCACUCUACGAGUUCUGUAAGGUGCUGACCAACAAGGUGGACUCGGGCUUCCUGCGCGGUCUAGGCGAAAUGAAGAACUUUACGCUGUUCGCGCCCUCCAACGAGGCAUGGCGCAACCCGGCUGCGCUCGCCGCCCUCAACAACGCUACCCUCUUGAACGAGGUGAUCCGACUGCACAUCGUGGACCAGCGACUUCCCCUCGAGCACAUCAAGUCCAAGAGCCACAGCCUGCACCACCAGCUCUUCCAGGUGCGCUCCAUGUCGGAGCCAAAGAACUUGUACUUCAAUGUAAUGGUGACUGGUAGCAACCACACACUCACGGUUGAGGGCGGUGGAGUGAAUGCUACUGUCAUCCAACCAGACAUCGCGGCUACAAACGGCAUUAUUCACAUCAUUGACAGAGUGCUUGGGAUUGCAAGCCAUACAGUCCAAGAGAAAUUGGCUACUGAUCCAUCCAUGUCAAAAAGUUUCCAUUUAGGGCAAACUGAAUUCAACGGUCGUUUGAAAGACAACAACACCCGCUUUACUUAUUUCGUCCCAAGGGAUGCUGCCUGGCAUGCAGCUGAAUUGCGUUACCCCUCUACUAUCAAGAAACUGUUCAUGCCAAAAUUCAAGUACCAUGCUCAUCAGAUCCUUGAACGUCAUCUGGUUGUUGCUAACACUGCAUACACCAUGUUGGAUAUCAAGAGAAUGACCCACAAUGGACCAGUUGUUCUUCAUACCGUUCGGGACAAACUUGAGUUGCAGCUGCAGGAAAAGGCUAAUGGUGCCACAAAUGGAACUGGUUAUUACCUGAAAUGGCAAAACGAAGAAAUUCUUGUACAUCGUGCCGAUGUAGAAUGUACGAAUGGAAUCAUUCAUGUUCUGGAUGGAGUUUUCUUGAAAGACAGUGAUGUCCGUGUUACAGCUGGUGUAUCAGGAAUGAUGUACACAACUUAUUCGCAUCUGUUUGUAAUAGUUUUGGCUCCUUGGCUUUCUAAGUGGCUUUUGGGAUAGAGCACCAAAAGCCAUCCUCCCAGACUGAGCUUACUAGUCAAUCAUCCCCUUUGUUGAAGGGCCAGAAAAACAGAUAACUCUCUUGAGUCAACAGUUUUUGUUGGGUAUGAUACACAUUUUAAAUUAGUCGUGCCUGUCAUUUUGUUCCCAGCUGUUGCAAAUUUAUUUUUGUUCAAAUUAAGGUUUUGGAGUAAAAAGUGUCUAGGUGUGAGUUAUUGAUUUUCUUUGUAUUAUUUACUUUGUUAGAAAUUAGUGUUUUGCUCCUUUUUGUGCAUAUUUUAAUUUCUUUUUAAUGGCAGGCUGAACCUUUCCAUUAAGCAGCUCACUAAAACAUCUCUAGAAAUUUCUAGUAGCCUGUUUUUGAACUGUGUAGGACUUUUGAGUACAAAGUUCCCUUAGGUACUUUUAUUUAUUGCCAAAGCAAUCACUUCACCUGAAUAAUGAAUCAAGCUAAGGUAUAAUUUAUGGUGCAUCUCAAACGCUUUGUGUCAAGUUAUUUUUGCCUUUGUAGCUAUUCAGAAUAGCAGAUUCUCAAUGUCAGUCUAUUUAAUGUACUAUUUUACCGAAGAUCUGUCUUGGAAGAGGACCACUGUCAAAAAGACAACUUAACACAUUGAGUGUGGCAAAAUUUUUGCAUCUUUGUUCAUUAAAUAUAGGGUACAACCCCUUAUGGUUGCAUGUUCCUCGACGUGUUUAUUAGACAGAAAUGCGUGCACACUUUCAAAACUUUUGUUCUUUGAAAAGUGAAAAAAGGCAUUGCAACACUCUUCUGCAAUGCAGACAAUACAGAUGGAGUAAGCACUACUUGCUGGUAACUAAUACUGGUUUGCAACUGUGCCCGUGGGUGACCAGUUACCACAAUUUGGCCUGUUUGCAUUUGGCAAUGCCAAAGUUUGUUUCUUCUAACUGCCAUUUUGACGUGUUCAUUGUCAAAUUCCAACAAAUAAGUAGUUGUAUGCGGAAGUAUAAUGAAUAAAUUUUCUCUGUGAAGAGGUUCUAUACAUUUUGCAUGUUUAAAACAGACUCUAAAAUUAAACCUAGGUAAGGAUGUUUUAGUGCAUCCCUUUAGGGCUGUCAGUAAAUGUUAAAGACUAGGAAAGCUGUAGUAUAUGGAGUGACAAUGUAGUGAUAAUCACAUCACUUUUCUCUGAUUUGAGAAAUAGGACAGCAUUUUCCAUUUCAUUUAUUGCUGAAUUGUGAUCAUCCAUUCAUUUUUGGUCAUUUUAAGAAUUGCUUGGACUGAUGCAUCAUAUAUCGAUAUACCUGUUGCCAGGCCAAGCUGGCUUCAAUCAUGAGGGGUCACCUCACCAAAGACAUCCAUGGAAUUUUAAUAAGCAUGUAUGUUUGUUAUCCAUGGUAAGGUAUUACGUCUUUUUAUACAUAAUGUAUAUUUAUUUACCAUGCAUUUCUUAGCUUUACAUCAGCGUACAUUUAAGGAGCAAGAGGUCAUGGUCUGUCAUUGACUGUGAAAACUGCCCUGUUGGUUUUAUAAAAUCUACAAGUACAUAAGACAAAUUAUGCUGGCACAUUGUUAAUUAUAGGUGUAAUGUAAAUAACAUGUAUGUAAAUGACUCAGUUCACUGACACUGUAAUUAUCUACUGAUUGUGUGCCUGAUACCAAAUGUAUCAUGGACAUUUGUGUGAGUGAAUGUCAACAUUUCUGUGUUGUGGCGUUUUGAAUGAGUGAGUGAUUGAAUCUUCAAAAAAAGAUUGGUGAAAAAAUCUUUAGGAUUGUGAAGAUGGACUCAAGGGUGCAUGGGAUUGAUAGGGGGUGUAUGUUUUCUGAAAUGUGUACAAUAGACUUUAAGUAGGUAAUUUUUGUGCUGUGCAGAACAUUUUUCUUAAAAGUGUAUACCUUGCUUAUGAAAACUGGCUGAGCAACAUGUGUAGUUCAAUUAUAAAGUGCAUCUGUUUCACUUAUAUAUUUGCUUCUGAGAAUAGAUAUUCUAAACAGUACUUGUAAGCAAAUAAAUAUGUCUCAAUUUUUGUUUUGGACUUUACUUAGUACAAAGCUUUCUAUUUUAAAAUAAUAGCUUGUACUAUGUUACAGUGUGAUUUUUUUGCAAAAAAACAACAAACAAACAAAAAUAUAACAGCUCUGAAUUACAUAAACUGUACCAGUUGUCUAAAUAUGCAUAGUCUUGGCCACAUAGGCCCUUUGCGUGAUAGGCGAACUUAAGUACCCCUCAUCAAUGAUCAAUGUUGAAAAAUCAAUUUUUCAGCAUUACGCAGUGAAUUUAUAUGUGGCUUCUAAAACACAAAAAAUUGAUUUUAGAUUCAAUUUUGUAUGCUAGCUUGAUGAAAUUUUGUGCUUGUCAACAUUAUUUUGGGUGCUAGGAACAAGAAUUUUGUGAAGUGACAAAAUCCAAGCAAUACCCCAUAUUUUGCUGCAAAUUUUAAAUAUAAAUCCAGUUUUUAAGAAAAUGUGAGUUAUUGCACCAAUUGCAUUAGUGUGACAUCCAUGUCAUGCGUGUCACGAAAACCUUUAAAACAACUACUGUUGACCAACCCUGGAACAUAUGUCAGCUGCAUCUUAAAAGUGGAAUAGGCACAAUCAAAUGUCUAAACAACAUUGAUUUGACUAAGGAAUGAAACAAUCUACUUUCUUUUAAAAAUGUUUCCAGCAAAUUGCGAAGGUCAUCCAAUCAAUCGGCAUGUACCAUAUAAUACAACUGCCAAACUGCUUAUUUUUUAUAUGAGUUGGUGGAGAAGAGCAGGGAAUUGUAAAUUUUCUAGCUUCGGAAUCAACGCUUGCGUCUGAUUUGUCCCUUUUCUUGAUAAUGAUAAUCAUUUGCUUUAUUGUAUCAGAUCAAUAGGUAAUGAUGUUUUUAACAAUGUGGUCCACAUUCUGGUAAUUUUGUAACCAACCUUAAAUCAACAUAAAUCAUAAAAGUUUAGCUUAGGCAAGGUACUGGCAAGUCAUUGAUGUGUGCAUCUUAUCAUUUAAUUUGCAAACUCUAGAGGAUAGAAGAUUCCACAAAACCAGAAAGUGGCAAAUAAAAUUUGUUUCAGAGUACACCCAUUUCUGCGGGAAAGAUAAUUUUGUAAUCUCCCCAGCAAUAAACGCUUUACAUUCCACAGA